GUGUCCCUGUCUGUCCGUCCGCGACCGGGCCUCGCCCCACCCCGGCCCUGGGGCUGCCUGGUCGCCCCCCUACCCACUGCAGCCGACCCCCUCCUUCCCGGCCAGCCGCAGCCUGGAAAGCAAGCCGGCACGCCGCCGCCCCAGACCAGGCCCUGCACCCCGGCACCGGGGGCCUGCACCCCCAGACUGGAUCAAGACACCUGGAAAUCCGAGCCUGGUACCCAGAUCUGGGGAUAGAUCCCCGAGACCCGGUGCCUGGACCCCAGCAUCUGGAGCUGGAAUCCCAACCUCGGUCCCUGGGACCCCAAGAUUUGGAACCUGAACCCCAUGAAUUGAAACCAAGACCUCAAGAUUGGGCAUCUCAGACCUCAGAUCUGGAGCUGAACUCUGAAUUCUGUGCCUGGGACCUUGAAAUCCCAGAUUGGAUUUUUCAGUCUCUACCCUGGAACCCACUCGUUGGGACCCGAACCCUGGGAUGUAGGCCUCGGACUUCCAGCUCUGAACCAUGGAAUUCCAAGAGGCCUGAACCUGGACAUGGGCCUGAAGUGCUUGCUGCAAAUCUGAUGCUGAAAUGUGGGACUAGAGACCUCCAUACCUUAACUCAGCACCCCGAUAUCUGGACGCAGAACCCCAGCUUUGGAUUCCCAGGAUUGGGCUUCGGACUCACACACUAAGCGCCCAGGCUUGGCUGUUUUGCAUCCCAAGACUGGAGCUGGGAGACCCUGACCCUAAACAACGCAACCUGGGGCCUGGGUCUCUUAAAACCGGACCCUUAGAGAGAACUAGUAAUAUCUGGGGGGUCUGGGACCCCAACCUUUCAGGUCUGGAGAUUUCAUGGCCACAGAUCUGAGCUGAGAUACAACACACGGUCCCACCCCAGAAGCCUUUGGGUCGCGAAGGGAUGACCAGACACCCCCUCCAGUGCCCUGACCUCUGACCCCCUUGGAGCCAGAGGACUCUGCUCCCUGGGGCGGCUUCCAGCUCAGGCCGCCCCUGCCCGCGAUGGCCGUCCUCCCGCUGCUCCUCUGCCUGCUGCCGCUGGCCCCCGCCUCGUCUCCACCCCAGCCGGCCACGCCCAGCCCGUGUCCCCGUCGCUGCCGCUGCCAGACCCAGUCACUGCCCCUGAGCGUGCUGUGCCCGGGGGCCGGCCUCCUGUUCGUGCCACCCUCGUUGGACCGCCGGGCGGCCGAGCUGCGCCUGGCCGACAACUUCAUCGCGGCCGUGCGCCGCCGCGACCUGGCCAACAUGACGGGCCUGCUGCACCUGAGCUUGUCCCGCAACACCAUCCGCCACGUGGCGGCCGGAGCCUUCGCCGACCUGCGCGCCCUGCGCGCCCUGCACCUGGACGGCAACCGGCUGACCUCGCUGGGCGAGGGCCAGCUGCGCGGCCUGGUGAACCUGCGCCACCUCAUCCUAAGCAAUAACCAGCUGGCGGCACUGGCGGCCGGAGCCCUGGACGACUGCGCCGAGACGCUGGAGGACCUCGACCUGUCCUACAACAACCUGGAGCAGCUGCCCUGGGAGGCCCUGGGCCGCCUGGGCAACGUCAACACGCUGGGCCUCGACCACAACCUGCUGGCGUCCGUGCCCGCCGGUGCCUUCUCCCGCCUGCACAAGCUGGCACGGCUGGACAUGACUUCCAACCGCCUCACCACCAUCCCGCCCGACCCCCUCUUCUCCCGCCUGCCGCUGCUCGCCAGGCCCCGGGGCUCCCCGGCCUCCGCCCUGGUGCUGGCCUUCGGCGGGAACCCGCUGCACUGCAACUGUGAGCUGGUGUGGCUGCGGCGCCUGGCGCGGGAGGACGACCUGGAGGCCUGCGCCUCGCCUCCUGCCCUGGGCGGCCGCUACUUCUGGGCCGUGGGUGAGGAGGAGUUUGUGUGCGAGCCGCCCGUGGUGACCCACCGCUCGCCGCCCCUGGCGGUGCCCGCGGGCCGGCCGGCCGCCCUGCGCUGCCGGGCUGUGGGGGACCCGGAGCCCCGCGUGCGCUGGGUGUCACCCCAGGGCCGGCUGCUGGGCAACUCGAGCCGAGCCCGUGCCUUCCCUAACGGGACCCUGGAGCUGCUGGUGACCGAGCCGGGCGACGGCGGCAUCUUCACCUGCAUCGCCGCCAACGCGGCUGGCGAGGCCACGGCCGCCGUGGAACUGACCGUGGGUCCUCCCCCGCCCCCCCAGCUAGCCAACAGCACCAGCUGUGACCCCCCGCGGGACGGGGAGCCGGAUGCCCUCACCCCGCCCUCCGCCGCCUCUGCCUCCGCAAAGGUGGCUGACACCGUGUCCCCCACCGACCGGGGCGUCCAGGUGACUGAGCACGGGGCCACCGCUGCCCUCGUCCAGUGGCCGGAGCAGCAGCCCCUCCCCGGCAUCCGCAUGUACCAGAUCCAGUACAACAGCUCGGCUGAUGACAUCCUCGUGUACAGGAUGAUCCCCGCGGACAGCCACUCCUUCCUGCUCAGCGACUUGGCGUCAGGCCGCACCUACGAUCUGUGCGUCCUGGCCGUGUACGAGGAUGGCGCCACCGGGCUGACGGCCACGCGGCCCGUGGGCUGCGCCCGCUUCUCCACAGAACCCGCGCUGCGGCCGUGCGGUGCCCCGCACGCACCCUUCCUGGGCGGCACGAUGAUCAUCGCGCUGGGUGGUGUCAUCGUGGCGUCCGUCCUGGUCUUCAUCUUCGUGCUGCUCAUGCGCUACAAGGUGCACGGCGGCCAGCCCCCGGGCAAGGCCAAGGCGACCGCGCCCGUCAGCAGCGUCUGCUCCCAGACCAACGGCGCCCUGGGCCCGGCGCCCGCCGCACCUGCCCCUGAGCCCGCCGCGCCCAGGGCCCACACCGUGGUCCAGCUGGACUGCGAGCCCUGGGGGCCCAGCCAUGAACCUGCGGGGCCCUAGCCGGGCGCCCACCUCUACGACUCCUCUGGCCCCGGGCACAGCAGGACCCGGAGACCCCACGGACCUUGCCUCAGACUCACCAAAUCGCUCACGGUUUUUAAAACUCUGAUGGGGAGGGUAUGGGGGCACCGGGGCACAACAAGA